AUGAAACUCUCCGCCAGUCUUUUCGCUCUCGCCAGCGCCGAUAUUUGUGGCCAAUGUGAAGACCACGUCGCCGCCGUCAACGAGUGGCACAAUCAAGACAACAUCGUCUGCUCUCGAUACACUCAUCCCCGAGACUACGCCCAGUUCAACUCCCGCGCCGCCUGCAAAGAAUGCAAGAUCAAGUGCGUCCCCACCGAGGAUGCUUGCCCCGGAACCGACGAUCUCGAAGCUGGAUUCUGGAACAAGACAGCGAUGAAGAUCCGAGAACAGUACAUCGAGAGAGCCGCGCAAAUGCAGGCUGAGAAGGAGAAGGAGAAAGCCGAAGCUCGAUUGGCCAGAAACUUGACCAAAGAAAUGGCCAAGUACGAGAAAAUCAAGAACAAGGUCGAAGAAAAACAAGCCAAAGAAGACAACAAGGCAUGGAAGAAGGCCGACUGGGAAGCCUGGCGACAAAACAAGCGCGACGAAGCCAACGCUCGACGCGCCGCCGCCAAACAAGCCAAGAAAGAAGCUAAAGCCGCUGCCAAGGCAGCUAAAGAAGAAGCUAAGCGCAAGCGACUUGAAAAACGAGCACUCGCAGAUGAGAACAAGGUCCUCUUCGCCUUCUACGCCGAUUUGGAGGAGCACUACGAUCCCCUCUGCCCCGACAUGUUCCUGAUCAAGGACAACAAGAAACUCGCCCGACAGUAUUCCGAUUGGUUGAUGCUCCAGGCUUAA